AAAAAAUGUUAGUCUUUGUGUCGUAUCAAUACAAUAUUAUAUUUUAUACGAGUUUUAGAAACAAAGUCAUCGUAAAUACCUAACAAUUAACGAAUAAGUAAUAACUACUUAUUACUUACAGCGUUUCUUUUCAGGUAAGUAUUUAAAAUAAAAAUGUAUAAGAUAUUAUAAUAAUUGUGAUCUCUGCUGUGACUGAAAGAGCUACGUCGACGCCGCCGCCGCCACGUCAAUGAUUAGUCGUAAAAUAAUGAUAUUAUUAUUUCGAUGUAAUUACACGGUUGUACUGUUGUAUAUGUACGUAUAGUGUAGGUAUACAAAUCACACACAAUCGUUUCUCGUAUAAUAUAUAGAUAAGAAACCGGCCGUCGCCGCCAACUCGUGUCUCGUAGGUACCACACGCUCAUUGUGUCCGAGUAAAUUAGUUUUUCCAAAAGGAUGGAGCGCGUAUGUGUGGUGCCGAUAACCAGUUUUGUUUUGUUUAUCCCGAGUUUAAUUAUUAUUACACGAGUAAAAAACGCACGCAAACGAAAAAUGCACUCACGUUUUUCGUCGUCAUCGUCGUCUUAUCGCACUUACACCGUAUUCGGGACAAUCGACAGAAAAAUGUAUAAUUAUUAUUAUAAUAAUAGUACAAUUGUGGUAGACAGGAGAUAACAAGAACAAGAUGCGUGUGUUUUCUACCGGCAUCGGCAGUACCUACCGCGUUUUCUGCGUGUCGUUGGCGGUUCGGACAAAGUAUCGUUUGAGGACCAUAUUUUCCCCGAAUUGUGGGCUUACAUUAUACAUUUUUGGAAACUAUUGGUUUUUGUGAUAAAUGUCGGCAAUAUUUAAAACACUUUAUACUCACCCCCGCCGAAAACCGAGACGGCGCCUCACCACUGAUGUUAAUGUAUGCGAUUCUCCGAAUUCCGAAUUGCAGUGCAUGACGGAUGAGAACACAUCUGCAAUGCAGAAACUCUACGACUGUCGCCGUGUUCAAUCGGCUGUUGCCGUCGACUUGGACAAAUUUAGAGGGCACCUGUACGUGCUGGACAGCGGAUACGACAACUGUCAACCAAAAAUUAUCGUUUAUGACCUGAAGACUUACAAAUGUGUACGUAUAUACGUGAUACAGUCAGUAGAACUUGGUGGGCUCAACGGAUCGAGACUUGCCACACUGGUGGUGGAUGCGAGACCGUUCAAAGGUGAGACGAGGGUGUACGUGGGCGACGCGCUCGGCGGACGUAUCGCGGUAUUAGACCCGGACCGAAACAUUUGGUACAUGAUCGCAUUACUACACAUCCAGAACUACGGUAGCGCAGUCAUACAGGACUACCGCAGACCGGAAAUCUACCCGGAUGUUCCAGCAGAAUGCAUAGCUGUCUCCAAGCUACAGUCGUCUGUGUACUUGACGUCAAAGCGCUCACACGAUUUGUACACGGCUUCGUUCAAGGAUCUUCGGAAUCUCACCUCUUACGUCACGCCUAACGUAAAGAACGGUGACGUGCUUCCGGUCGGAUUGCGAGUGCGCUGGGAAGGCGUCAAGCUGGGCGUUUCGAGCGGGCUGUACGCCGACAUACAGGGUGGUCUCAACUAUGUGUACACCAGAGAUUUCGUGGCCGUCAGAUUGAGUUUGAUCGCUGGCGCUGCACCGGUCGCGGCGGAGGACCACAAGGUGCUGUUGCAGUCAUAUGACUUGUUACCGGCGGUCACGAAGAUAUUCUCGGACAACGCGAAUUAUCUGCAGGUGUGGGCCCUAAACGCUGUGCCCAACUCAAAAAACCGUCAUCUGGUCAAAAUAAAUACGCUCACGUUAUAAACGUCGUCGUCCGUUUAUUAUUAUUAUUAUACAUUAUAAGGGUGUACCUGUCGGAAAAUUUGACGAUUUAAAUGAGCAUUAUUGCCGUCCUUUUAAGAUUUACUCUGUAUAAACAAGAUGGUUCACCAAGCAUGCUCACCGUCUCCUCCGUAUUUCCUUUAGUAAUUAAUUUAUAAAAAUUCUUAUUUUUGGGAUUCCUAAGUACAUGCAGUUAAAGACCGUCAUUUUAUAAGUAUUUAUAUUUUUUUAUGCUAUUAAGGAUUUUCCUGUGCUGAUACAACAAUAUACAAACUAACAAGUAACGAGUUUGGAGAACAUGCUUGUUGAAUAUCAUCCUAUAUUAUAAUAUAUCCAAUUAUAUUAUAUGGAUAUAGACGACGUUUAUAAACUGUAAACAUAAUAUUUAUUUAUACUAUAUUCUCGUACAUUAUAAUAUGUCGUUCCAUAUAAGUAUAUAUAUAACCAUAUUAUUGUUUACGGAAUUUGUGCAUUAUUAAAGUUAGAUACUUCGCGAAACGGGGUCAUCAAUAUUCUAUUUAUAACUGGUUACAAAAAUUAUUAAUUAUCGAGUAGAUUUUUGAAUAAAUUGUUUUUAGAUAGUUUAAAAAAGUACAAAUUUACUUAAUAAUACAUUUAGAUGAAAAAAAAUAUAAUUUUCAUUAUUUAUUAUCGUAUAGAAGUUUUGCAUAGUUUUUCAUUUCACAAUCAGAAGAACAAUAUAAUUUGUCGAUGUUUAUACAUAUAUUAUUCACAAUAGUAUUGAAUAAAUAGUUUUUGUAUCAGUAGUUCGAUUUAUUUUGAAUGUUUAUUAAUAAUCAAUCAUUUUUUUUUAUGUAUAAAAAUGUAGUGUUAUUUUAGGUAUUUUAUAUAGUUUUAUAAAAAUUUUAAAUUAUACAGAACAUUAUAAAUUCAAAAAUACAGAGAUUGACGUGUGAAAAUGAGUAUAGUCAGGUAAAUAAUAUAUAAACACAUUAAAAUAUAUUAAAUAGAUCACUCCGUAAUCCGUAUGAUAUAUGUUCGUACAUACAUUAUGCUAAAUGCAUAGACCGUGUGGGCGGGUUUCAUAUGCCCGUAUGUAAUAGAUAUAUUUUAUAUAAAUCUACUGUAAUAUAUUAUCGAGUACGAUCGCGGGUUUAGGGGACUAGGGGAGUUAACGUAAAUUAACUAAAUCAAAGGAUGUUUUCGUUUUAAUUAUAUGCGAAAUGAAUA